GAAAGCGUUCCCACGUCGAUCCCCGACUUUUAAGCCAGUCACCUUCGCACGGCCUUCUGGCAUUUUACUGGCAGUGUUUUUGAACUCUUCGCUUAGUCGCGAAAUCGGGAUCUCACGCACACUUUCACCCCUCUCCCGACAUCAUGCCCGAGGAGGAGCCGUCCCUGAACAUCUCCUCGCUGCUGACGCUCGCCGUCGUGUCAUUCUUCGUCAUCCGAUGGUUUCUCAAGCGUGACGGCGAUGGAGGUGAUGGAAGCGGUCGCAGUCGUGCGCGCGGAGUCAUCGACCCAGCACAAGUGGAACAAAUAUCCCAGAUGUUCCCUCAGUUAAGCACACGCGACAUCAUGUGGGACUUGCAGCGCAAUGGUGGUAACGUCGCAGCAACCACGGAGCGCAUCCUGACAGGUCGAGGACUGGAGACACCGCCACCCUCGUUCCAGCCUCAGGUCGCCAUCCCCCAGGCCAGUACGCCCGCAGCACAAACUGCCGCCGCCUCCGCGGCAUCGAAAUCGGAAGGUCAGGACCUGAUUUCGCGGUACAACCUUAGCGGCAAAGUCGCCACCGACGGCGCUGAGACCACUCAGUCAUCUCCGUCGUCUGGCUGGUCACAGAACAAGGAGGAACGUCAGCGUAUCCUCCAGAAGCGGAGGGACGAUAUGAUCCUGGCGGCGAGGAAGCGAAUGGAGCAGAAAGUUCGGGGAAGUGCGUAACCGAGAUGCAGAAUGAUUCUGGAUACUUUAUCUCGGUCUAUAUCUCUUGCCUUUUUUUGUUUAUUCUUUUCUUUGUGAAACCCUAUUCCUUCCAAGAAUCUUAUACUCUGUUGGCGCUGGGAUGUGUAGAUUGCAACAACGCGGGUCUUUCCUGAACUGAUUCUUCCUUUCAUUUUGCUAUACCCGGUUUUGGUUUCCCACUCUUCACCGACAUUCUGUUUUUCACUUCUCUCUUUCUCCCAGCGUCUGUUUCCCGCAAAGCGUUGCAUGCUUAUGGUGUUAGGUUGAAUCAGAAUACCCGAGGCUUAGGUACUAGGAAAUAUAGGGUAUAUAUACAUGUGUAGAUUGAGUUAGUUUAGUAAUGGUUUUCAUGAGGUAAUUCUCGUUAUAGAUGUUGUCAAUUGCCCAAGUCGCACGUGCCGUAUAUCUAUCCUUUUUAACGACAGACUAUUCUGUUAUUCACUGAACCUACCGUACGAAGCAAGUGUAGCAAGCAAUAUACC